UUAUAGUAAUGAUAAUAAUAAUAAUAGCAACGAAAAUGAUAACGAUUACAGUGAUCACGAUAAUAAUAGUAAUAUUGGCAAUAUUAGCAGCAGAAAUAAUAAUUAUAAUAACAAUAAUAGUAAUGAUGGUAAUAAUAAUGCAAAUAGUAACGAUAAUGAAAAUACUAGCAAUAACAAUAAUGAAAACAGUAACAGCAAUGAUAAUAAUGGUAAUAAUAAUAAUGAAAAUAGUAAUAAUAAUGGAAGUGAUAGUGCUAAUAAUAGUAACGAAAAUAAUGAUAAUAUUGGCAAUGACGAUAGUAAUAAUGACUUAACUAAUAUGCAUAUAAAUAAUAACAAUAUGAUUCGUGAAAAUCGUAAUAAUGAUAGGAAUAGUGACAAUAUUAAUGAUAAUGGUAAUGAAAAUAAUAACAUGAAUGUUAGUAAUAUUCAUGGCUACAGUAUUGAUAAUAAUUCUAACAGUUUUCUUCUUCACAAUUAUAAUAAUAGCAAUAAUAAUACCAAUAACAAUAACAAUAAAAAUAAUAGUAAAUUAAGUGCCAACAAGAAUAAUAAAAAUGAUAAUGAUAAAAAUAACAAGAACAAAACAUCAGCAUUGGGCAAAUCAAGUAAAGCAAACGAGUUUGAUGAUCAAAACUCGAAAGAGAGUGGGUCUAAAUUACCGUCUUGGGAUCAAAAAAACAAUUUUCCAAUAGAAUCAAUUUCUAAUAUCAAUAAAAGUGAUGUUACAGUAGAUAGAAGUAUAACUCCAAAUAGUGUUGUUAAUAGUAUUGAAGCUGGACAAUUGUUAGAUCAGAAUAAUCCGAUACAAAAUCGUAAUCAAACGAUAAGCGGAAAGUCUUCUCUUGGCACAUUAGGAACAUCGAAAAAUUCUUUAGAAAAAGCUUUACAAGCGGCAAAUACAGUAAAUACUGGUCCAAUAAGUCCAAAUUUAGGUAACUUACAACCGUCUCUACAAGGAGUUAAAGUACCCGACGAAAACUUAACACCACAGCAGCGUCAACACAGAGAAGAGCAACUUGCUAAACUUAAGAAAAUGAAUCAAUUUUUGUUCCCUGAGCAUACUGGAGUUGGAUCAGAAUUUUUACCUAGAGGACCGAAUGCUGAUUCAACACCUGUCAAUGCAGAGUUAUUAAUAGAUACAAAUGUUUCAUCAACUGAAUCAAAACUGCUUGGACCAAUUGCAUAUAGUUCUGGGAAUUCUAAUGCGAAUAAUACUGUUUCAGGUGAUCAAUUAAAUGUGCUUAAUACAACCAGUAUUCCACAUGUUGUUUCAAAUGAAUCAUCAUCAGGCUUAAUAACGCAACCAUCCGGUAUGACUUUAGCAAACAAUUCUUUGCAUAAUAAUGCAGUUCAUCCAUCUGGUGGAGUUCGAACUAGCAUGCUAAAUAAUGGACGUGUAUUAUCUGCAAAUUCUAUGCAACGUUCAAUAGGUUCAUUGGAAAAUAAUAGAAAUAAUCCAUCGGAAAACCUAUCUGAUAAUAAUAAUGAUAGUGGAUUUGGCUUAAUACCUGAGAGUCAAACUAACAGGAAAGUAGAAACUGAAAAUAAUUCGAGGGGAUUAAUGCCACCUGAAAAUCAAAUGCAAAAUUUAAUAAGACAAGGAAUAACACAUUUGAAGAAUAAAUGUGGAAGUAAUGAUGGUGUAUCUAGUGCAGAUUCUGCGGAGCAUGUCACAUCUAGACCUUCGAAUAAAUCUAAUAUGUCUGGCGUAAUGGUACCAACGGGUGUAGGGCAUGAGGAAUGGAAUAAAUUUCAACAUCAAUACUACAAGGAAAGAGCAAAAACAAAAUGCCAUAAUAAUGGGCAAAUCCUAGAUAGUUCAUCUAUUCCAGGUUUUUGCAACACAACUCAAAAUAUAACUGGAAUCAUACAAAGUUCACCACGACAUAUUUCCGGAUCCAACCAAAAGAAUAUGCUGUGCGGUCCAAAUAGUAUUCCCGGAACAAAUACAAAUAUGAUAAAGCAAAAUUCACAAAGUUGUCUAAAAUCGAACGGAGGAUCUUCAUCUUCACCGCCUUUGCCUCCACCAUAUUAUCAAACACCACGAUCAGCUUCCGCACCGAUGACUACUCAAAAUUCUAAUCCAGGAAGUCCAAAUAAUCCAAGCUCUAAUUCUUCAUUACCAUCGCCUCGUACUACCACAGGAAGUGGAAGAUUAUCAAACUCUCCUUGCUUAGAUAACAUGAACUCUAGCCGUAAUGUUUCAAUAAAUAGCACAAUAGGAAAUAAAUCUAUGACAUCGAAGCAACAAGCUUCUCCAGCAAAUUCAAUCGCAUUAGAAUGUAGUAAUACAAUAGCUAAUGAUUCGCAUGGUGUAGGAAAUAAUUUAUCAUAUACCAAUAUAUCAAAUAAUAGAAAUUCGAUUAGCCAUAAUAGUAAUCCAAGCACACCGAUUUCAUCUCACUUAUCACCAAAUGCUAGUCUUAAAGAUAUCGAAUUAAAUGAAGGAAAUUGUGGUAAUUCUAUUCUAGAUCGAAAUCGCAUAAAUGUUUCUGGAUCUAGUUCUCUAGAACAAUCUAGAACACCUUCAUUUAACGGGGAUCAUUAUAGUAAUCCAGGUAGUAGCGACUCACGAUUUCCACCAAAUAGCAGUCCAAAUGUAAACUUUUCGCCACCAACUAGUAAUAUAUCCCAACAGCAAGGUACAAGUAAUAUAAAUGUACAACUAAUGAAUGAAGGAAAUACUGUUGACAAAAGCAAGGGUGACGCAAAUUUGCAACAGUCAGGAGCAAAAAUUAGUUUUAUGGAUUCGUCUUCAUCAUCAUCACCAUCAACUAAUAUUUCAAUUCGAAACAAUAAUACACCAGGAAAUGUAAAUAAUAACGGACCAACAACAAUAAAAGGUCAUCAUUUUGAUCCAAUAUCAUCUUUAGCCAAAAUGUCAAAACAACUAACUAAUACUGGCGCAAAUGGAUCUUUGAAUGAACAGAAUUUAGCAAAUCAAAGUGGAUUAAUGGGAUCAGUAAUUGUACCGGAAGGAUUUCCCAAUAGUGGAAUGUGCAUGUUGGGGAGUAAUAUGUUAAAUGUAAAUGCCCCAAAUGAUGGAGAUAAUAAUUUACGCUGCCAAGAAGGUUUCGAUAUGUGUAAUAAUUUAGAUAAUCCAAAUUUUGGAAGCAUACGAAAUUGUCCAAAUAAUGUAAAUCCAUAUUUUACAAAUGGUCCUAAUAACGGAAUUUUAAAUAAUAUGAGUAGAUUUGGUGUUCCAAUGAUGGGUGCAAGAUCCUUAUCACCCAAAGCUCAUGGGAAUUCAUUAGCUUUUCAAGGAAAUCCAAUGAAUAUGCAACCACUAUGUCAUAGAAUAAUGGAUCGCAACACUUUAGGACCAGGAAUAAGACAACAGCACUUGGGAAAUCUGUACAAUAAUUGUACAAAUAUUCAAGUUAGAGCAAGUACACCGAAUACAAUUCAAUAUAUGCCUGCUAGACCUCAAGUAGAUAAUAAUCAGAACCCAAGAUUACCACUUAGUUUAGAUUUUUUACCACAUUUUGGUAGUUCAGUUUUACAAGAAAGCAAUGCUAACAACGAUAUUCGAAAUCCUCUUAAUAAAAUUUCAACAACUUGUGAAGGAAAUUCAUCAAAUUCAUCAUUCUAUUCCAAUUCAAAUUCAAUGUUAACAGAAGAUAUCAAUAUAAAUAACAGAAGCGGAGUAUCUGAAAAGUCAGUAUCUAACGCGAACAUGAUAGGUAUCGAGGGUAACAAUUCUGGCAAUAUGGAAAAUAACAGUAACAAUAUGGGAAGAAAUUUUGAGACGAAUAAUUCUAAUAGAAAUAAUAAAAACAGUACCAAUAUUAAUAAUAAUAGCAGCAUAGCCAACAGUAAUAAUUUAAAUAAAGAUAAUAAUAACACUAAUGAAAUUAAUAGCGGCAAUAAUACUACUAAUAGUAGUAAUAAUUAUAACAGUAAAAACAUUAAUAAUAACAGUAAUAAUAAUAAUAAUAGCAGCAGUAAUGACAAUAAUAAUUCUAAUAAUAAUAAUAACAAUAAUAAUAAUAAUAAUGGUAAUAGUAAUAAUAGUGGUAAUAGCAAUAAUAGCAACAGUAAUAAUAAUAGUGGUAAUAAUAAUGUUAACAAUAAUAAUAGUAAUAACAAUUUAACUGGUAUGUCAAUGCAAAAUCACAUAUUAAAUCAGCGUGGACUUCGUUCAUCACCAACACAGAGUGGUAUAUUACGAAUAUCUGAUAACUUAAAUAAUUGUCCAGAUAAUACAGGAAGACCCAGCAAUGUCAUGAUGACUGGACCUUCCUUAGGCCAACAUUAUUUGUUUAAUAAUAUUCCACCUUCAAAUAUAUCAUAUCAUAAUUCUCAACAUCCACAUCAUCAACAUCAUAGUCAUUCUUCCCACCCACCACCACCACCUCCAGGAAGCCAUCAUCAUAAUAUGCAUCAUCUUCAUCAUCAUCAUCAACAACAGCAAUUCGGACCGAAUAGUGGAAAUGAUCCUUCGCAGUUCGUAUCUCAAAUGUUUGCUGGUAAUAAUAAUAUAAAUUGUGGACUACCCAAUCGAGUUUCAAAAGACGGUGGAAAUAAUAUUGGCCUUAGAAUUGGUAUUAAUAAUAUUGGUGGUGGUGGUAAUAUUUCUUGUACAGGUGGCAUUGGUAAUAAUUCAACAAAUUUUGAAACGAAUCCAAAUUUAUUGAAUAGAAUUGAUGAUAAUGAUUUAAUGAUGGGAAAUAUUAUCGGUAAUCGUAACGAUGAAAUGACAAAUAAUCGAUUUAGGCCACAACAACAGCAAUUACAUUCGCAUCAGCAACAGCAACAAUCAUCACAAUUUAUUGGUCCAUCAAUUAUCGAUCCGAAUUAUGCACAACAGUAUCAUAAUUUUCAGCAACAACUAUAUGCAACAUCAAUAAGAAGUAACAAUAAUAAUAACAACAGUAUUAAUCAUUCAAAACAAUUACAACCGCCGCCAUCAAAUUUAAUACCAGCAUCAUCAUCGUCAUCAACAUCAUGUGCUCAUAACAACAAUGGUAAUGGAAAUGGUAACUUAUUAAAUACCACUGGAGAUAUAAAUAAAAAUUAAAAUAUAAGAAAAAUAAUUGAAACAAAAAACAAACGAAAAUUAAAUUCAGGGAAUUUUUAAUUUAAAAAAAAAAAUAGUACAUAUAUUUAGAUUUUCUUAAUUAUAAUUGAAAUAAGAAAUAAUUUUCAUUUUUACAAAAAGAAAAAUUUUAGAAUCUUUUAUUUUGUUUUAUGUUAGAAUAUAAGAUUUAUUAUGUAAUUUAUAAAAUGAAUCAAUCGAAACAAAAUUUUAAGAAAAUAAUAAUUUUACCAAUAAAUAACUAUGAAAUAAAUUUUUAGAUUUUAAGUAUUAUAUGUAUAUAUAUAUGUACAUAAAUAUACAUAU